ACGUACCGAAGAUAGGUGGAGUCAACUAUCAAUCAACGAUUUGACAAUUUGGUUGCUUAGCUGCAGGAGUGAGGGCUGGACGUGGAAAUGUGGUCACGGGAAUCAAGAAAAAAAUGGAUAUCGUGCUGGCAUGCUAACACAAAUACUGACGCAAACGUAAUUUAAAAUACCAUUUAACCAUUGAUUGUUAUAUCAAGAGACUCAUUUUCCCAGGACAUCAUUACCUAGGCCCCAGGUUGCUCCUCUCCUUCCCACAAUUCUGCCCCAGUGGUUCUUAAUUUCAAUGAGUAGGAGGGCUGUGGAUUCUGGCCCAAGGAAGAAAAGACACUGGCUGGGAUCCAUUCCGUUGUCCUGGGUGAAAGGCAGAACACAGGAUCCGCUUCGGGAAAGUCAUAUUCCUGGUCGUACUGAUGGUUGUAGUUGGAUCUGGGGAUGUGCCAUGGGCUACGACGUUACCCGGUUCCAGGGCGAAGUGGAUGAGGACCUGCUGUGCCCCAUCUGCAGUGGAGUCCUGGAGGAGCCCGUGCAGGCCCCUCACUGUGAGCACGCCUUCUGCAAUGCCUGCAUCACCCAGUGGUUCUCCCAGCAGCAGAUAUGCCCCGUGGACCGCAGCGUGGUGACGCUGGCCCACCUGCACCCCGUGCCCCGCAUCAUGCGCAACAUGCUGUCCAAGCUGCAGAUCACCUGCGACAACGCUGGCUUCGGUUGCACUGCCGUGCUGCGCCUCGACCAGCUGCAGUCGCACCUCAGGGACUGCCAGCACAAUCCCAAGAGGCCCUUCCAGUGCGAGCAGGGCUGCGGGCAAAGCUGUUUAACUGUAAACUUCAUCUAUAUGAGGGAGCAUGAGCACAACCCCAAGAGUGCCGCAAGAAUCGGAUUGGGAAACUCUGCUGUAGGCGACUGGUGCUACGACAGUAGCUCUGGACUGGAGAUGCCUAAAGACGAGGUGUCCAGCCACAACUGCAUCAAACACCUGCGCAGCGUGGUGCAGCAACAGCAGGGCAAGGUCACCGACCUGGACAAGACUGCUGCUGAAAACAAGCACCAGCUAGCAGAGCAGAAACGGGACAUCCAGCUGUUGAAGGCAUACAUGAGAGCCAUCCGCAGUGCCAACCCCAACCUGCAGAACCUCGAAGAGACCAUUGAGUACAAUGAGAUCCUGGAGUGGGUGAACUCCCUCCAGCCAGCGCGCGUCACCCGCUGGGGCGGCAUGAUCUCGACACCGGACGCUGUCCUCCAGGCGGUCAUCAAGCGCUCACUCAUUGACAGUGGCUGCCCGCCUUCCAUCGUCAACGACCUGAUCGAGAACGCCCACGAGAGGAACUGGCCCGCCGGCCUGGCCACGCUGGAGACUCGGCAGAUGAACCGGCGCUACUAUGAGAAUUACGUGGCCAAGCGCAUCCCCGGGAAACAAGCAGUGGUGGUGAUGGCCUGUGAGAACCAGCAUAUGGGUGAGGACAUGAUCCUGGAGCCAGGCCUGGUCAUGAUCUUCGCCCACGGAGUGGAGGAGAUACUAUGACCCGGCUGAGGGUGGUGGAGAGCAGAGGGGAGACUUCUGACUGACCUGAACUGAGUAGAGGGAGCAGGGGAUGCUGUAACUCUACGGUUGCAUCCCAAAUGGUACCCUGUUCCUUAUGGGCCCUGGUCAAAAGUAGUGCACUAUGAAGGGAAUAGGGUGCCUAUAAGAUAGUAAGAGGAGGGGAAGAGCCAAUGACAAAGCAGGGAUUAGGGAGAUAUGACACCAUCACCAGUAGACUGGUAUAGGGCAGGAGGUUGGCAACAGGUUGCCCACGAGCCAAAACCAGCCUUCAAGUGUUUGUUUUGUUUUUUUGGCCCCUUAAAGCUUUUAGCAAUUUUAGGGGGAUUUUAGUUUUUUUGGUCCAAAAAAUACUAAAAUCACCAGGAAUUCAGCAAAAAAUCUGUUGAAUUUAGGAAAUCUGUUCAACUAUUCCCACUAAUAAAAAAAGAGAGCCGUGAUCGUGUCUCAAUCAGUCGUGGCCAAAAGUUUUGAGAAUGACACAAAUAUUAAUUUCCACAGUUUGCUGCUUCAGUGUCUUUAGAUAUUUUUCUCAGAUGUUACUAUGGAAUACUGAAGUAUAAUUACAAGCAUUUCA